AUGUUGGAUGACGUGGUGUCAUUGGAAUUGUACAAACGAGGUGUAGCAGCACCAGAAAAAAGGGUGUUUAUGGGAUGGCCCGAUAGUAGAAGACGAAGAGAAGGAAAGAAAGAGAGACGAAGGGUGGGGGAGGGCAAUUUCGAUGGAUGUGAUGGUACCGGGAAACGAUGCAUCGUUUUGGAAGCGGUGGAAAUGUUGGGUAACAAUGUAUAUGCAAAGACGCGUUCUUUUACAAACCCAUCUAACGCGCUCUAUGCGCUCUGGAAAAAACAAGAAUCCAUUGAAUCAUUGAGUUUCAAAAUCUGCAAGACUCGUGAUUUGAGUAACCAUAUCUUAACUAUGGAGAAAAGAGGAAAUAUGGUCCCGAGGUCACCCUCACACACCCCAAGGUCCAGUGACAAGGCAGUAAGAGAUAUUAGACCAGAAGUACAAAUGAAUGGUAAACAUGACAGAGAAAAAGGUGUUAAUGUUCAAGUCAUUGUGCGAUGCAGCUCCGCUGCCUCUCCAUUGCGUUCUAUCAGCGUGAACUCAGAGAGAGGGGCAAAGAAGAUGGCAGGCGGUGAUGAAGGUUUCUCAGUGGUGUUGGAGGUAAUCCCUUCAAUGCUUAAAUUCUUUAUGACGCCAUCUACUUACUACACAUGGGAAAACAAAAUUCGAAUAAUCUCCCAUAUGAUGGAAAAGCUUCAAACUUUACUUGAUUCUGUGUCGAUCAAGCACUUUUGA